UCGUCGGUUCAUUCAGAUUCUGGUGAAGUUCUUCCUCUGGCCUUCAGACCCCCAGCAUAUUUUCCAGUAAUAGGACCUCUGGUUGUGGGCAACUUCAUACCUGGGCUCUCAAUCCAUCAGACCCUGUGUUACCAGUUCAUGCUGCAGACCUACAACGCCUCCUUCAGCUUCAUCAACAGGAACUCUUCAGGCGAGCAGGAAGUGUCUCUGAAGCAUCUCCUGCUCAUCUCAGGAACCAUCUUCAACACGACGGUUGCCGGGGCUCUUCCUCGGGUCUCCAUCAUCAAACUCGGAAUCUCGAGUCCCGUGGUGCUGUCCUUCUGCCGGUCCGUCCUGCCAGUCCCGCUCUCAGCUGCUUUAGCCGCUCUCAGUGUUUUCACCGUCAGGAGUGAGGAGACACAGACCGGGAUCCAGGUCUUCGAUCAACAAGGAAACCCAGUCGGCCUCUCCAGAGCUGCAGGAGAACAAGCGGUGAGGGAGACGGUUCUGUCCAGAGCCGCCUUGUUUGGGACGACGGCAGCUGUUCCCAACCUGCUUAUGUCCCUCUUAAGAAGAACCAGACUCUUCCGUGUGAGCCCUGUGCUGGUGGCUCCAUGUCAGUACGGCAUCACGGCGCUGGUUCUGGGUCUGAUGGUUCCGGUCUCCUUCAGCCUGUUUCCACAGCUGGGGAUGAUAGAGAGAGAGAACCUGGAGGAGGAGCUGAAGGCCAACGCAGCCGGUUCACACUUUUACUUCCACAGAGGACUCUGAGCGACAAAAACACGACAAAAACAACACAACUUUUUGUGUUUUAGAUGAGAAAUAAAUGUAAAAAAUUUA